UAACCCUCUGAUUUUUGCUUGUUUCAAAGCUUUGCUUAGUUUUGGUGAAGAAAAUAUAGCAAUAUAAUCACACAAUAUUUAAUUACAACAACAACAACAAUUAUUUAUAUACUGUAAAAAUUAAUAGGAAUAUCCAUCAUGUCUAACCUCCAAGAAUUUGAACAAGUUAUUGCCAAUAUCCUCUCUCCGGACAAUAACAUUAGAAACCAAGCAGAAGCAUAUUAUAAUAGCACCAAGUCUAACCCAGAUUUGUGUGUUGGUUCAUUGGUUCAAUUACUUCGCUCAUCACAACAUAUCCACGUAAGAGGUCUUGCUUGUGUUCUCUUGAGAAAAGUCAUUACUAAAACCGAAGAAUCUCUCUUCCCUCUCUUAUCACCACAAGUACAACAAUUGGUUAAAUCCGAAUUACUCCAAGCAUUGAGACAAGAAACUGUUUCCCAUGUUAGAACUAAAUUAAUUUAUACAAUUUCUGGGUUCGUUUCAGGAUUAAUAGAAGAUAAUCAAUACCCAGAAUUCCUUCCAACAAUUUUCACUUGGGCCACUGACCAAAACCCAACACUCAGAAGUAGUGCUAUGGGUAUCUUCACUCAAUUAUCAACUUAUUUAUUGGAUAAGGGUUUGGAACCAUAUCUUCAACAAAUCUUCGAGUUGGUUAGAAAUUGUUUGCAAGACUCUGAUAACCGUGUUACUCUUGAUGCUUUUGAAGCUUUAUGUUCAGUUGUCACUGUUAUUGACAAAUCUAAGACACCAGCCUUUUCCGCUUGUAUUCCUCAUCUUUUGAGUAUUCUUGCUGCUCAAUUGAAUAAUAAUGAUUUUGAAACAGCUGCAAAUUGUGUUGAACAAUUAAUUGAAGUUGCUGUCUCUCAAUCAUCCUUCUUCAAAUCAUAUGCUUCCGCCGUUGUCACUGCCAUGUAUCAAAUUGGUAGCACUCCUCAAAUUGAAGAUAGUGUUAGACAUUUGGCUAUUGAAUUUAUGAUUUCAUACUCCGAAGCUUCACCAAGUGUUGUCAGAAGAAUUCCAAACUUUGUUGAAAAUCUUUUACCAUUAUGUAUGAAUCUUAUGUUGGAUAUUGAACACGAAGAAAAUGAAUGGUCAAAUACCUAUGAAGAUGAUGAUAAUGAACUCACCAAUUAUGAUGUUGGUUUGGAAUCAUUGGAUAGAUUGGCUUUGUCAGGUGUUAAUCCUGAACAAGUUGCUACUGUUGCUUUCAAAUAUAUUCCAGAAUUCAUUAAUAAUGCUAACGAUUGGAGAUACAGACACACUGGUUUGAUGGCUAUUUCUCAAACUGCUGAAGGUUGUAACGAACAAUAUGCUAAAUAUUUGAAGGAAAUUGUUCAUAUGAAUGUCAAACUUUUCAGUGACCCACAUCCACGUGUUAGAUAUGCUGCUAUUCACUGUGCUGCUCAAUUAUCUACCGAUUUUGCUGGACAAAUUCAAUCCGAAUAUCAUAGCUUGAUUGUUCCUGCUUUGCUCCAAGGUAUGAGUGAUCAAAUUCCAAAGGUUCAAUCCCAUGCUGCUACUGCCAUUGUUAACUUUGUUGAUGAUUGUGAAAGCAAGUAUGUCCACAUUUAUCUCGAUAGCAUUCUUUCCAAGUUGCUUGACUUGUUGAAGACUGGUAGAAGAUUUGUUCAAGAACAAUCUCUCUCUGCUAUUUCAGCUGUUGCCGAUUGUGCUGAAAAUCUUUUCAUCAAUUAUUAUGAUUUCAUCAUGCCUUUCCUCAAGGAAAUUUUGUGGAACGCUACUGGUAAAACUGAACGUGUUUUGAGAGCUCGUGCUAUUGAAUGUGUUAGUUUGAUUGGUGUUGCUGUCGGUAAAGAAAAGUUCGGAAAUGAUGCUCGUCAAAUUAUGGAAGUUUUGAUUAAUACCCAACAACAAACUCUCGAUUCCGAUGAUCCAAUUGUUCAACAUCUCCAUCAAGCUUAUACAAGAAUUGCUAAGUGUCUUGGUGAAGAUUUUGUUCCAUAUCUUGGUUUCACUGUUCCUCCACUUUUGAAGUCUGCUGCUAUUGAGCCUGAUGUUACUAUUUCUGAUGUUGAUGGUUCAAAUGAAGGCGUUGAUGAAGAAGGUGUUGAAUCUGUUACUCUCUCAAUUAAGGGUGUUGGUGAUAAGGUUAUUAGUAUUAGAACUUCAACAUUGGAAGAAAAGCAUUUGGCUUGCUCUUGCCUCUACUCUUAUGUUGUUGUCAUGAAAGAUGCCAUGUUGCCAUAUAUCAAGGAAAUUACUGAUAUUAUGGUUCCUCUUCUCAAGUUCCCAUACUUAGAAGAUAUCAGAGAUGUCAGUGCUACUAUUAUGCCAAAGUUGAUCAAGGCUGUUAAGCUUGCUGUUCAAAAAGGAAAGACUCAACCACAAACUCUUAAGGGUCUUUUGGACUUUAUUAUUUUGCAUAUCGUUCCUGCUCUUAAAGUUGAACCUGAAGUCAAGACUGCUGUUACUCUUACUGAAUCAUUGAACGAUUGUAUUGUUGAAGUUGGUGAAAACUGUAUGACUAAGGAACAAGUUGAAGAAUGUUGUGAAAUUCUCAAGAAUAUCUUGCUUCACGGUUUGGCUAGAAAGCAAAGCAUUCUCACUGAACAAGAACAAGAAGAAGAUGACGAAGAACAACUCAGACUUGAUGACGAAUGUGAAUUGGAAGAUCAAUUAUUAACUGGUGUUUCUGAAUUUGUUGGAACAAUGAUGAAGACACAAAAACAAACCAUUUGGGAACCAUUCAUGAAUCAUCUCUGGGAUACAUAUAGAGUUAUGGUUCAAGAUCAAAACUCACCUGAGGAACAAAGAAUUUCAUUGUGUGUUUUCUGUGACUUCAUUGAACAAGGUGAACAAGUUGCUCUCCAACAUUUGGACUAUAUUUUGAAUCUUUUCGUCAAUUUUGCUCCUUCAGACAAUCCAGAAGUUAGACAAGCUGCUGUAUAUGGUUUGGGUGCUUGCUCUAAACAUGGAGGUCCAUUAUUCAAUCAACACGCAGAAAAUAUUGCUGGUCUUUUGAAGUCAGUUAUAGAAAGAGAAGAUGCUCGUUUCCUUGAAUGUGCUGCUGCUACCUGUAAUGCUUUGAGUGCUUUAUUCAAAUGUGUGACAUCAAGACAAGUUUCUCAAGCAGAUAAUUUCAUACAAUUUUGGUUCAAGAGUUUACCAGCUGCUGGUGAUAUGAUCGAAGCUAGAAUUGUUCACGACAACCUUAUUAACCUUGCUAAACAAGGUAAUCAACUUAUCUUCAGUGAUUUGACACAUCUCUUCCGUGUAUUUGCUCGUAUUCUUGAUACUGAAGCCAUAAGUAUGGAAUCACAAAUUACAAGUAUUCAAAUGAUUAAGCAAAUGCAACAACAACAACCACAAGCUGUCCAACAAGCUCUUUCUCAAUUAUCUCAAGAAGAAGCUAACAGACUUAUCUCAAUUGUGUCUAAAAAUUAA